AUGUCCUUCUCCUCACUCGUUUCGGACAUCGCAUAUCGCAAUGCCGACCGCCCCGAAAGACCAGACCUGCGCUCACAAAUCUCCGAGGCCCGAUCGACUCGCUCGUAUGCUAGCACGGCAGCCACGAGCGUAAGCAUUGCCGGCGAUAUCAAGAGCCAGCUGCAUGGAGGAUAUAGCCAUCCGCUUUCGCGCGCGUGGCAGGCAGAGCGCCAGCUAACCAAGUCAAUGCUCAUCUACCCUCUCUUCAUCUCAGACCAGCCGGACGAGGAGACUUUGAUUCCUUCCCUCCCCAAUAUCCACCGCCGCGGCCUCAAUAAGGUCGUUCCUUACCUCACUCCCCUCGUAGCCAAGGGCCUGCGCUCCGUCAUCCUCUUCGGCGUACCUCUUGCUCCCGGUGCCAAAGACGCCCUGGGCACCAACGCCGAUGACCCCAAAGGUCCCGUCAUCAGAGCCAUUCGUCUUCUUCGCCGCGCUUUUCCCGACCUCUUCAUUGUCGUCGACGUCUGUCUUUGCGAAUACACCUCCCACGGCCACUGUGGCAUUCUCCGUGACGACGGUAGCCUAAACAAUGCCCUGUCGGUCGAGCGCAUCAGUGACGUGGCCAUGUCCUAUGCUGAGGCUGGUGCCCACUGCAUCGCGCCCUCAGACAUGAACGAUGGUCGCAUUCGUGCCAUCAAGCUCAAGCUCAUCGAGGCUGGCAUUGUCCAUCAGAUCGUUCUCAUGUCCUACGCUGCCAAGUUUUCAGGCUGCCUGUAUGGUCCGUUUCGCGAUGCUGCAGGCUCUGUACCGUCCUUUGGCGAUCGCAGAUGCUACCAGCUUCCUCCCGGAGGACGUGGACUCGCUCGAAGAGCCAUUGUGCGCGAUAUUGGCGAGGGUGCAGACAUCAUUAUGGUGAAGCCAGCCAGCCAAUAUCUCGAUAUCAUUAGCGACGCCAAAGAAAUUGGAAAGGAUAUGCCCAUCGCCGCCUAUCAGGUUUCAGGGGAGUAUGCCAUGAUUCACGCGGCGGCAGCCGCAGGUGUCUUCGACCUAAGACAAAUGGCCGAGGAGGCCACACAGGGCAUCCUUCGCGCUGGCGCUUCCAUCAUCGUCAGCUACUUCACACCUGAGUUUCUGGACUGGCUAGGCCACUAA